CGUCCCUCUGGGAGCCGAGGGCAGGUUCCAGACUGUUCCGGCGGAGCUGCAGGGCGGUGUGGAGUCGCUCCCUCCUCCCACAGAACGUGCCCAGGCAAGGCCAGAAAGUCGCUAGCCAUGUCAUCUGCGGAGGCAGGGGAUGUUUUCCACAGAGCCCGGGGCAGGACCCUGGACGCGUUCUCCUCAGAAAAGGAAAGGGAAUGGAAAGGCCCAUUCUACUUCAUCCAAGGUGCAGACCCCCAAUUUGGGCUGAUGAAGGCCUGGUCCACUGGGGAUUGUGACAAUGGUGGUGAUGAGUGGGAACAGGAGAUCCGUCUCACUGAGAAAGCUGUUGAGGCCAUCAAUAAGCUGAGCCCCAAACCCAAAUUCUUUGUUCUUUGUGGCGACCUCAUCCAUGCUAUGCCAGGAACUCCUUGGCGGAAAGAACAGACCAAGGACCUCCAGCAAGUACUAAAGGCAGUUGACAAAGACAUCCCACUGGUGAUGGUCAGUGGCAACCACGACUUAGGCAACGUCCCCACAGCCGAGACCGUGAAGGACUUCUGCCAGACGUGGGGAGAUGACUACUUCAGCUUCUGGGUGGGAGGCGUCCUGUUCCUGGUGCUCAAUUCCCAGUUCUUCUAUGAUGCCUCCAAGUGCCCUGCACUGAAGCAGGCCCAGGACCACUGGCUGGACCAACAGCUGAGCACAGCAGGGCAGCAGAGGUGCCGGCAUGCCAUUGUCUUCCAGCACAUCCCGCUGUUCCUACAGAACAUAGAUGAAGAUGAUGACUACUUCAACCUCACCAAGGCCGUGCGGAAGGAGCUGGCAGACAAGUUCACCAGAGCAGGUAUCAGAGCUGUGUUCUCGGGCCACUACCACAGGAAUGCUGGGGGAACCUACCAGGAUCUUGACAUGGUGGUUUCAUCUGCUAUCGGGUGCCAGCUAGGCAAAGACACCCAUGGGCUUCGUGUGGUGGUCAUCACUGCUGAGAAAAUUGUCCACCGUUACUACAGCUUAGAUGAGCUGAGCAAGAGAGGGAUUGACGACGACCUGAAGGAGCUGAUGAAGGAGUGAUUCCCCCACAUAAUCCACCCAGUUUUCAUGCCCAUGACCUUUUACCUUGCCAUAAUGUUUACAGCCCCUCAUAGCAACGUCUGAGUAGACAGGCAGGUUCGUGAAUGGAUGUCGUUUUAUAUAAAUCAAAGUGCUGGGUCCUAUCCUCAAUUAUAUUCAGAAUGGGUUGUCUUCCCUUUAAAAAGCCAGGGAAAAAAGGCUGUGGGUAUUUCUAAUUAUGGUGUGCAACUCUCCACAUGUGUGGGUGAACUCUCCUACUGUGCUGCUCUCACUCGGCCCUUGAGUCCCACUGUUUCUGAUGUUGACAGUCGAUACCUCCUGACACCUCCUGCCCUCCAUCCAGCUCAGUGCUCACGUGUGAUCUUUAGUAAUUCCUCAACCAAACUGCAUCCGCUUUUGUUAAAUUGUGGUCAUGACUGCCAGAACACUGUGAAAACCAGGGUCCCUCCUCCCUUCCCGGCAGACCAAAUAGUAUCACUCCAUCCCAGGGCCACAGAUUCCUCAUAAGAGGGAGCUGCGUAGCCAUCACUGGCUGUGAACUUCAAUACCUCUGUUACUGCUGAUGGUGUGAGCACAGGUGGUUCACGUGAGGAUGUGUUUGCCUUUCUGAUGACAGAUGUCACCUUCGUGCAUAGGCCCUAUGUUCCAAAUGACCAGAAGAGAGGCUGCAACAGAAAGGCCCUGGGCAGCACCUGCAUCUGCCCUGUCUGUAUCCUUCUGCUGCAGGCAGCCCACGGCAUUAUCGGAUCACAGUGAACCUGGUGGGAAAAUGGACUUGCUGCAGACUUCUCCAGAGAACAACACAGGACUGUCACUGGGCAAACUACACCGUGUUAAUUGUCACUGACAUACAAAGCCCCUGGACAAAAAAACAAACAAACACCAACAAAAAUAGCAGUGGGAGUCGCUUAAAAUCCUCUUCACUGUCGAAUCUGUUCUGCUGCCUCAUUUUCUGGGAUCCCUGACCUCUGUGGCUCUUCCUCCAUGAAUCUUCUGGCCUGAUGCUCAAGUAACCAGAGCUCUAUAUCCUGCUGCAGAAGUUUACAGUGUCCUGCAAUAGCACGGGGGAAUCCUAGACUAGCUUUAAAAACUCACUGGUUAUAAAUGAACCGCAAAACCCAUUAAAUUAAAAAAAAUUUCUUGUUAAAAAGUUUUAGUCAGUGUAGCAAAACCAUGAGAAAUUAAAUAAAAAGAUAAUUGGAUAUGUAAAUUCAUAUGGAACAAAAGAUACAAGAAGUUAAUUAUGUUACAGACUGGUGACAUACCAGAGCUCAUUGUUAGGUAGCACAAGAAAAUUAAUUUUUUUCAAACCAGAAUGAUCUUAUAGUGCUUGGGCUAUGUUCCUGAUUUUCAUUUUUCUUUAUAGCAAGAUGUCAGAGGUCAGAGGAGUGUAAUGAGGGGCCUAACUAAUAGUCCAAUUGUUCCAGACUGAGUACUGCAACCCCUGGACCCAAAAAAUGUGUGGGCUUGACUUCAUGCUGGAAGAAAGUUUAAUUACAGUGGGUUGAAGGCAUGUCCUUUGUCCAAGAUCCAUAUGAAAAAAAUGCAGCAUCCCCAGAAUGGGGACAAGGAUAUGGCAUAGAGCAAUAGUAAUAAAGUAAGUCCUUGUCCCCCAAACACAGGAAUUAAAACCUGAUUCAGAAGCCUGAGAAAAUACUAAAGAAAGGAGUGGUGUGGCGUUUCCAGUUUUCAGUGGAGCAGCUGUAUCAAGGUGGGGCUUGCUGCUGUGGGGAACAAAUGCAUAUCCAUCUAACUAAGAUGGCAUAUCAAUAUUCCAUUCACUCAUAUGCCUUUUUGGAAAAAAAGAAUCUCUAUUAAAAGAAAAAAUAAUAAAGACUUCCUAUGUGCA